UUUUUUUGUACAAUGUAUUGUUACAUAUUGCAAUCAAUUUAAAAUAAAUUAUUAUAAUGACUGCACCAACUUUAAUUAAGCGAAAACCCAGCAAAGACAACGAGAAAAUAGAUGAAUCUCCAGAGAAAGAUAAACUGAAAUAUGGACCUAUGCCGAAUUUUCCAUACCAGAGAGUAUGGAGCAGAGGUAUUAUAAUUGUAGGAGUAGUAAUCUACUUAUGGUACUUUUCCAAGCAAGGGAAGGAAACCGUCCUUGCAUCGCACAAAGAUGUUCUGAACAAUCGUGGACAAACAUUCGAUUGCGAUUCAGAAUACACCAAGGAUAUCGAAGUAUUUCCCAAUUGUGUGCCGAAAACUUGCGGAAGAUAUGUCACUGACAAGCUGGUUACGGAAAUGGAAGCGUUAACCUUAUUAGACAUGGCUAAGAAAGGGUUUGCUUUUGGAGGAUCCUCGGGUGGUGCCUCUAUAUUGGAUAUUCAUUCCGGAGCUUUGUCUUAUAAAGACAAAUUUGUUAAUAUGCAUACCAUCAACGAAGCAAAUAAUUUAUUUAACCCAGAAUUCAUUAACACGUACAAAACAGUAAAAGAAAAGAUACAACACGCCAUCGCUGAACUGUUUCAAAUCGAACCAAACAAUUUGUUUCUAACACAUCCGACUUUCUUCUCAAAGUUAACCAAUGCCGAGCCUAAAACAAGUCACGAUAAAUACUGGCUCGUGCAUAUAGACAAAGAAACUUACGAGUCAUUCCAUUAUACAGCUUUGCUGUAUUUAUCCGAUUAUGGUGCAGAUUUUAAAGGCGGUCGCUUCAUCUUCAAAGAUAUUCCUUCAAAUAAGACCGUGGAGCCGAAGCUUGGAAGAGUCUCCAUGUUCACAUCGGGGGGAGAAAAUGUGCAUUUCGUGGAACGAGUCACAACUGGUACUCGUUACGCAAUUACUAUAUCAUUCACUUGUGACAUAAAAAGUUCCAUUAAUGUUCCAACAAUAAGAAAUUAGGGUUCAAUUUAUAAAUAAAUAAAAUAUGCUCAUAAUUGUUUAAGUCUUUAUUAUUAUUAAGUUACUUAAAUUUUUAUUAUUUAAUAGCUGUGAUGAUGUUACAAAGGUUAAGCAACAAACCCUGCAUCAUCAUCAGAGCUACACAUUUCCGAAAUAUAUUUACAUUUACUUAUUUGCUACA